GUCUAACGGCCUUCCACUCUCUGGUUGCAAUUUGUGAAUCAUAGUAGCUGAUACCCAAUACUAAGAACGACGACAAUGAGAGAAAAGUUUUUGUUCUCCUUUCUUUCUUAAUUUGGCCUCCUUUUUGGUCUUUUUUCCAUUUUAAAUUCUUUACACAUGAAGUUUUUAUUGGAAUUCGUCUGGUGUUGCGGGGCCAGUGGCAGUGAUAAUUCCGAAACGAAUGCUUCGGAAACGAACGGACGGCGUUCGGAGGAGGCGCGGGCGCUGAUGGCACAGCGGACACUGCAGACUCUGACGAUGAGAAGUAGAAGGAAGAGGGGCAGAGUAAGGUCAGCAUCUGCUUCGUCCGGAGUUUCUACGGAGGAGUGGAAGCCGACCCUUUGCUCGAUAACUGAGGAUAACGUGGUGGUGGUGAAGGAGGAGGGAACGGAAAGAGUGGUAAAGAGGAAGGGCAGUGGAGAACGUGGCGGUGGUGGGUCCCGUCAAUUAGCUGGUAUUCCUACCUACAACGAAGAUUACAGGCGAAACAAUCAAUUCUCGGUAAUUCCAACAUUCUCUGCGACUCCGUUCAUGAUUUAGCAGUGAUAAUUUGGAUGUGAUGUAAAUAUAUAAGCCAAAUUAGUAAAAGCUGGAUUACGAAAAUCUGCUUUGGAUGAUGCCCAAAUUGGGGGUUCAAUUAAGCGUUUGUGGGUUUUGGUAAUAUAAGAAAUCUCUUUUGAUUGAAAUUCAAUUGUAAUCUCAUAAGAAUUAUCCAAUUUUAUACUCUUAAUUUCCUCUUA